AGUAGGUGACUGCCAUGGUGUGUUUCCAGUGGUGGUGUAACAUGAGUGUUUAGUGUAAUGUGGAGAUACUUUGUGUCAGCCACACGGCGACUGCCUCACCAUACUUCACCACUGACUGAGGAAUGUGUCAGCUUUGCAAGAGGACUUGCUAUAAGGGCGAGAGUACCUUAGGAGGGGCAGCAGGGAGUCUAUGGCAGCAAACAGCAGUAGCUGCUGCACCAGACACUACACAUAAUACUUCCUACACAACCUACCACAAGUCCAAGAAUAACAUCUAUAAUAUCUUGGAGAAAAUGCCCAAAAAGGUUGAUGUUAAAUUGCUGCAGGGGAUCCGCCUUGCACGGAAGCAGAAGGUGCGGAAAUAUCCCCCUUCUACUGUGUACCUACAAGUGCUUGGAUCAGGCAGUCCAGGUAGUCCAAGGGCUUUAUAUGUCUUCACAGAGCAUGCAAGAUACUUGUUCAACUGUGGUGAGGGCACCCAGAGGCUGGCCCAUGAACACAAAGUGAAGUUAAGUAUGAUGGAGCAUAUUCUUGUCACCCAUAAGUCUUGGGAGAAUGUUGGUGGUCUUCCUGGUGUUUUGCUUACCUUGCAAGAUACUGGGGUUCCAGAAAUCUUCCUUCAUGGGCCUCCAGGCAUUGACUCCCUCUAUUAUGACACUCGAAACUUCAUGAAGCUUAGGGAUCUCAGCAUUGAGUAUAAACAUUAUGCAGAGAACAAUGGUCUCUUUGGUGAAGGCACUCAUCCACUCAUCAUCCGGUGUGUUCCUCUUUGGGAAAAAAACAGAGAGACUGCAAAUGAGGGUAACACAGUAGAGCUGGAUGCUGCUGAAGGAGCCUUAGAAGAAGUUGAAGACCUUUAUGCCUAUGAGAAACCUGCCACGAGAAAAAGACCACAUCAAAGUAAUAAUCACCUGACAGAUCAAGUAGUGAAGCGUCAAAGACAAGAAGAAAGCUUUAAAUGUAGGAAAUUGGCUGUGGCUUACAUAUGCAGGCCCCCACCUAAGGCAGGCACACUCAAACUGGAGAACUGCUUAAAGGCUGGUGUACCUGCAGGGCCUCUACUAGGAGAGUUGAAAAGAGGACAAGAUGUAACGUUACCUAAUGGUAAUGUUGUCCGAGCAGUGGAUGUUACAGCCCCAGAUGAUCCAGGCCCUGUUUUUAUUGUGGUUGAGGCCCCCACUGAAGACUACCUUGACUCGCUGCUUGAAUCCAGUGCCUUCACCCCACACCAAUCUUCAGCUACAUGUGAGGAAGAUUUGGCAGAAGUAGUAGUGCACUUCACUCCUCCCAAAGUUUUGGCUGAUCCUCGAUAUCAAGAAUGGAUGGCUCGAUUUAAACCAUCAACCAGCCAUAUUGUCAUUAAUAGUGAUAGCUCUUGCAUGGGAUCUGAAGCUGUUCAUAGGAUCCAGUACAAACUUAAUCAUCUCAGUGAGACAGUUUUUCCACUACUAAAAGAUGCUAGCAUUCCAAUCAGAGAUACAAAUAUUGUAGAAGACAGUGAAGUAAAAGUGAAUGGCUCAAAUGCUGAGGUCACAAGCAUCUCUAGUAAAAAUCUUUUCAUGCAGAAGAAAGAAAAUAGCUGUAACAGUGAUUCAAACUCUCAUUUUAUAAUAGGACCAAUUCAUCAAGCAACUACGCUCCUCACCUAUCAUAUAAGGCCGAAGAAAAAACUUGACAUAUCAAAUGGUCUUGUGCUGCAUCCAGAAACUUACCUAAAAGAAUGCUAUGAAAAAGAGAAUUUUGAGAACACGCUUCUCAGUUUCAAAGCUAAGCUACAAGCUCCCCUCCAAGAAGACCAAAAUUGUGGUAAUAUUUCAGAGAACUACCCUACCAUAGUAUUCUUGGGAACUGGGUCUUGUAUACCAAACAAAACCCGAAACAUAUCAGGAAUUUUGAUUAAUAUAAGUGAUACGAAAACACUGUUAAUGGAUUGUGGUGAGGGAACUUAUGGACAGUUAGUUAGAUUAUUUGGCUUUGAUGAAUCAGAGAAAAUUCUUCAGAAAUUGUCUGCUGUGUAUAUUAGUCAUCUCCACGCUGACCACCACACUGGAUUCAUUCGUCUCCUGCUUGCUAGAAAGAAGUCUUUCCAUCAAGCUGGAUUACAGAAAGUACCCAAGCUUUAUCUUCUUGCGCCUCCAAAAAUUAUGACAUACCUAGCUUCAUACAAUGCAAACUUUGAGUCCAUUGUGCAUGACUUCACUAUCAUCCAUAAUCAGAGACUUUGUAGUGAUGAUUUCAAAUUGGACCAAGCAAUGUACAAUGAGAUCUGCUCAUGCUUAGAUAUGAAAAGAAUUGAUAUGACUUAUGUCAUUCAUUGUCCAAACUCAUUUGGUGUAGCUUGGUCACACAAAGAUGGUUGGAAACUUGUGUAUUCUGGAGAUACCAUGCCAUGCAAAGGUCUUGUAAAUAUAGGUAAAAAUUGUGACGUGUUAAUUCAUGAAGCUACAAUGGAAGAUGAACUUGAAGAAGAUGCAAGACUAAAGACACAUUGUACUACUUCACAGGCUAUUCAGGUUGGUCGAGACAUGAAUGCUCGUUAUAUCCUGCUCACCCAUUUUUCACAGCGAUAUGCCAAAGUUCCACUUUUAAAAGAACUGCCAGCACAAGUUGGAAUAGCAUUUGACAAUAUGAAAAUUUGCUUCAAGGACUUGCCUACUCUGCACCACAUGUAUGAAGCACUGGUAGCCAUGUUUGCUGAAGAUUAUGAUGACAUGUUGGAGAAAACAGCGAAGCGUGCAGCACGGGAAAGGCUCAGACACUUAGGAAAUCCCAAGAGCAAGCAGGAAACUUUAGUAAAUCAGGCCCGUGUAGAAGAGAAAGUUAAAUGAGAAAAUAUUGUUUGGUUUAAAUGAAUUUCCUUCAAAAUUUAGUAAUACUGCAUAAAAUUUUUGCUACUUUUAUUUUGACCUAAAAAUAUUUAGCUGUAAAAAAAUUAUAUACAGUAUAUUAUUUUUAUUAAAUAAGACGGGUGAAUUUUAAAGAAAAAUUAAUUGCAUAUAUGCUGUUGAUACUCCUAGCUUAAUUUAUUGUUGAAAAUAUAACACAAUGAUAAAAAAGGGGUGAAAAUUUAAAUUAACUUGUUUUUGUUGAGACGAGCAGUUAAAAUUAUUCAGAGAUAAUGGAGGUGUUCACGAAACCUCUAUUAAUACACAAUAGCAGUAAAAAAAAAGAAAAAGUAAAAAAUAUGCCAUGUUUACUGAGCACUAAAUUAAUGUGAAAUAUAUCUCUUGCUGCUACUGCAGCUAAAGGCAGCUGUACAUAUUUUUGUUAUUGUAUUUAUUAAAGUAAUUAGUGCAUACAGAAUAUAUAUCUCCAGAAACUGAUAUAAGUUUCUUUAAUCAUGCUGUUAAAGUUGUUUAUCAGUCACUUGUUUCUAAAUUUCAGUAAUUUUCAAAUAAUCAAUGAAUUUCAUAUUUUAUUUUCAGUAAGUUUUCCUUAGUCAAAAGCAGACAGUUCCAUAUUAUUUACAUACUUGCAACAUUGAUUUAGUGCAGGAUUUUUUGUUUUUUGGGAAAAAUGAUUUAUACUUCCAUUUCUAUAGGAAGCAUACAAAGUUUUUUCAUCAUUUUAAAAUACUGACACAUGUCCUCAUGUGAUUAUAAAUGUCCAAUGUACAAUAUUAUGAUAUUUUAAUAAACUAAAACUAAAGACAAGA